CCAAAGGAUUAAUUUUGUGGGUUUUGGAUGAUCUUGUCAACAGAUCUUUCUAGAGGUCUUACGUAAAUAAUUUGUCAUUGGUUUACUCAAACAAACAUUUUUAUUAACGAUAAUGCUACAAAGGGGGACCUCCGUGAAACAUAUCUCACAGUAAUACAGAGUAAUGUCAUGUCACUACCGUACCUGUAAUGAAGAGGUUUUCUGACCGGUUGACAAAGCUUUGCGAACAUUUCAUGAUGUUGGAAAUAAAACAUAAAGCUUUGACAUGUCUGAGGUGAGCAACCAGCUGCCCAAAUACCCCAUUUCUGCAGUUGGAGUAAUCACUUCCCUCAAUAAGGCCCCUGACGGUUACUAUGUUGUUGCACAAACACCAGAUGGCUCUGACGCCGACCUGUGGAAGGACGGCUUAUUCAAAUCCAAGGUCACUCGCUACCUCUGUUUCACCAGAAAAACUGGGGCUGACGUUGUUGUGGACAUGAAGCUGAUUGACAUUAAGGACGUGUUGCCAGAGGGCUUCACGCCUGUGGAAGAAACAUUGGACACAAAGGAAACUGCCAUGAGAAAAAGGAGGCUCUGCGUGAAAAUCAUCCCUCGUGCGGCAGCUGUGACGGCUGUGUGUGACAUCCAGAUCGUUGCCAAGUCCAAGUACCAUCUUGUUAACUACACCAGUAUAGGUGAGAUCAACAGUAUGGUGAUGUGGUACCGAAUGGGUGACGCUCCUCAGCAUCAGUCGUCCCAGGAACCGUCCAGUGAAACCUACAGCGCCGCGCCAGACAACACAGUAAGGAACACCCCGAACCGGCCUGAGUAUGAGCACCAGAGCAGUGGGAACUACACCAUGACUGCUCUGGACAACGUGCCCUUUGUGAUCGCUGAGAAGUUUUGUGAAAAUCCCAAACAGAUGCAGCAAGUCAAUUUAAUGGGCAUUACGAUCAAAUCCCUGGCAGAGAUCGAGGAGGAAUUUUACUACAACUUCAGUACAGAGCGAAGUAUCGCUGUGUGACCUUCCACGAUGUGUUCACCCCCUGACACACAACGACUGAAACACCACUGACUGAAAGGAUCAUGCGUACUUGUAAAAUACUGUGUAAUUCAAAAGAAAAAAAAACAGCUAUAUUAUGUAAUUUAAGACAAAAAGGUAGUUUUAUCUUAAUGGAUUUUAUUUAAAUAUGAUUCAGUACUAAAUGUAUUUUUUAUAAUGAGGAAUGACUUUGAAAAUUACAUUUUAGAGGAUUUUAUUAUUUAUCUUGAAAUGUAUUUUUUUCUUUAUUUGUGUUUUGUUUAAAUUUACUGAAAUAGUGUCAGGCCUAAAACAAAUAAAGCUAAUAAAUGUCCCUAAACAGAUUAAUUCACAAAAGUC